AUGUGUUCAAGCUGCAGCAAGAGCUUUGCCCAGUUGAAGGGGCUGCGGGUGCACCGGCGGGUGCACAGCAGUGAGCGGCCCUUCACCUGUUCCAACUGCGGCAAAGGCUUCAAAUCGUCGCCAGAGCUGAAGUUGCACAGGCGCGUGCACACCGGGGAACGACCGUACACCUGCAGCGACUGUGGCAAGGUCUUCACCCAGUCCAGCAACCUGCUGGUGCACCAGCGCACCCACACCGGCGAGCGCCCCUACACUUGCGCUCACUGCGGCAAGGGCUUCACCCAGUCCGGCAGCCUGCUGGUGCACCAACGCACCCACACCGGCGAGCGCCCCUACACCUGCGCUCACUGCGGCAAGGGCUUCACCGAGUCCGGCAGCCUGCUGAAGCACCAACGCACCCACACCGGCGAGCGGCCCUACACCUGUGCCCAGUGCGGCAAGGGCUUCAUCUCCUCCAGCUACCUGCUGGUGCACCAGCGCACACACGCCGGCGAGCGUCCCUUCACCUGUGCCCAGUGCGGCAUGGGCUUCACCCAGUCUAGUCACCUGCUGAGGCACCAGCGCACCCACACCGGCGAGCGGCCCUACACCUGCGCCCAGUGCGGCAAGGGCUUCAUCUCCUCCAGCUACCUGCUGGUGCACCAGCGCACCCACACCGGCGAGCGUCCCUACACCUGUGCCCAGUGCAGCAAGGGCUUCACCGAGUCCAGCAGCCUGCUGAGGCACCAGCGCACCCACACCGGCGAGCGCCCCUACACCUGCGCCCAGUGCGGCAAGGGCUUCACCCGUUCUUCCAGUCUGCUGUCCCACCAGCGGGUGCACGGCGGC